AUGUGCGCCGCGCUCUUCAGCCUGGACAGCCCGGCCCGCAGCGCGCUCUGGCCAGCGGAGCCCGCAGCCUUCUAUGAGUCGAGCCGCUCUGUGAAGCCGCUUCGGGCUGCGCCACCGGGGUGCCCUGCAGAACCUGGCAGUGCUGCGUCCGCCAUGUACGACGACGAGAGCGCCAUCGACUUUAGUGCCUACAUCGAUUCCAUGGCGGCCGUGCCCACGCUGGAGCUGUGCCAUGAUGAACUCUUUGCCGACCUCUUCAACAGCAACCACAAGACGGGCGGCGCGGGCGCGGCAGGAGGCCUGGAGCCCCUGCCCGGCGGCCUCGCGCGCCCCUCAGCCCCGCGCGCGGUCAAGCGCGAGCCCGACUGGGGCGACGGCGACGCAGCCGGCUCGCUGCUACCCGCGCAGGUGGCGGCGUGCGCGCAGACCGUGGUGAGCCUGGCUGCACAGCCCACGCCGCCCACGUCUCCCGAGCCCGCCCGCCACAGCCCCGCGCCGCCACGCGACAAGGCAGCCAAGAGGGGUCCGGAGCGCGGUAGUCCCGAGUACCGGCAACGACGGGAGCGCAACAACAUCGCCGUGCGCAAGAGCCGGGACAAGGCCAAGCGGCGCAACCAGGAGAUGCAACAGAAGCUGGUGGAGUUGUCUGCGGAGAAUGAGAAGCUGCAGCGGCGCGUGGAGCAGCUCACGCGGGACCUGGCCGGCCUGCGGCACUUCUUCAAGCAGCUGCCUGGCAUGCCUUUCCUGGCGGCCGGGGCGCCCGAUGGCCGGUGA